GUGCUGAUUAACCCCUCGCCUUCCAGGCACUUAUACCCCCUUCCAGUCCAGGCCAAUUUUCAGCUUUCAGCGCUGUCCGCUUUCCUCCCAGCCUGUCCCUGGAUCCCCCCCUUCCAGUCCGGACACUUUCACCCCCUUCCAGUCCAGACACUGUCACCCCCUUCCAGUCCGGACACUUUCCCCUUCUUGCAGUCUGGACACUUUUACCCCCUUCCAGUCCGGACACUUUCACCCUUUUCCAGUCCGGACACUUUCACCCGCUUCCAGUCCGGACACUUUCCCCCCCUUCCAGUCCAGACACUUUCACCCCCCUUCAGUCCGGACACUUUCCCCUUCUUGCAGUCCGGACACUUUUACCCCCCCUUCCAGUCCGGACACUUUCCCCCCUCCCAGUCCGGACACUUUCACCCCUUCCAGUCCGGACACUUUCCUCCCCUUCCAGUCCGGACACUUUCACCUCCUUCCAGUCCGGACACUUUCCUCCCCUUCCAGUCCGGACACUUU